AAAACGCAAGUUUCAGCUGAGCCAAGAGAACCGCGACUAGACGCACCAUAACACCAAAAGGCUCGAUUUCCGCUCGAGAAUGACCGCCAUCUCCGUUGCUACCACCAACGGACACCAUGUUCACCAACACCACCACCAGCACGUCGAUGUGAUCGACGACUCCAUCGUUGCCGAGAUGCAAAGCUCGACGCCCUUCGAAGGGCCCGAAAAGCUUCUCGAGAUCUGGUUCGCACCUUCUGCGGAUCAUCUGCCCGUCGUUGACGAGGCCAAAUAUGGAAGUGGAUAUGUGGAUGGAGACGGAAACCCCAAGAGGCAGGGGCUGCGCCGUAUCCACCGGGCUGUCUGGGAGGAGAUGCUCGACAUUGUCAAAUGCAAAGUGCUGAGCGUUAUCGUCGGCGAAGAGCUCGACGCGUAUCUGCUCAGCGAAUCUUCCCUUUUUGUUUCGCCGCACAAGAUCAUCUUGAAGACAUGCGGUACAACCCUGAAUCUUCUGGGGCUGCCACGUAUCCUCGACAUCGCCAGUCGUUACUGUGGCUUCAGCAAGGUGUGGAGAUGCUUCUACUCUCGCAAAAGCUUCAUGUUCCCCGAGAGACAGCUUGGACCCCACAGGGAAUGGGGCGAAGAGGUCAGAUACCUGGAUGCUUUCUUCAGAGAUGGCUCUGCGUACACCGUGGGCAAGGUUAAUGGGGACCACUGGCUGUUGUACUUGACCUCCCCAGUGGAGGAUGAUGAUGAUGCGCUGGAGCCCGUGACGUACGGGUCUCGCUUGCGCAUGUACACUCCCAGCCCUACGCCUUCCCUCGAAGAUACGCCGACGCUCUCCGACCUCCAGCAGGACUACACCAUCGAGAUUCUUAUGUCUCAUCUAUCCACGUCGGCUCGUCUUCCCUUCUUCUAUCACCAAAAGGAAGCCGCCGAUGGCCGCGGGCAUGCUUACGCAGCCAAACUAUCCACCGAAUUAGGCAUCGACACCAUUUUCCCCGUCGAUCGCACGACAUUGGACGCAUUCGCCUUCGAUCCGUGCGGAUAUAGUGCCAAUGCGCUAAUCGAUUGGGGUGGAGGAGAAGGGUACUAUACCAUCCACGUUACCCCUGAGGCUGGGUGGAGCUACGCCAGCUUUGAGUGUAACGUGCCCCUGCCCACACGGGAUUCGAGCGCACUUGGUGUGCGUGGGUUGGACCCGGACCUGCCGGAUCUGCAGACUCUCGUUCGGAACGUUGUCAACAUAUUCGACCCUGGUCGACUGUCCGUCACUCUCUUCGUCUCAACCAGUGCCAAGUCCGAUGUCGCGAUCGAGACAGCGCAGAAAGUGUUCAAGCAGGCGCUCUCGCCUCGUGGGUACUACCGGAACGAGAAGAUCAACUAUGAGUUUGGUGGAUAUGACCUCGCGUUUGCAAGCUUCCGAAGACUCGGGACGAAGGGUCGUAACAUGGCGGACAAGGAUUGAAUCGUUCACGAAAUCCGCUGCAGCUGUUCUUUGCCAGCGACACGUGUUUUCUCUUGCUUUACCCGUUUCUCCCUACCAGCUUUUUGCGCGGCUUGAUCGGCUUCUCCCUUUCCCGAAAUUCUAUCUCACGC